AUGUUGCGGACAGUUUGGAGAGAUGUGCAGUUGACGGCAAAGCGCGACCGGGCACUGAUCGGCCCCAGGGAGGCCAGUGAGCGGAGCCCUCGGCAGCUGUGGCCCCGCGCUCCAGAAGCCACGUGGUGCGAGCGACAGGCGCCAGUGGGCAUCGAGGAUCGACGCACACAUCGUCUCGCGCUGGCCGGCAGUGCGCGCUGCUUCGUCACGUGUGGCGCGCAGACACUCCGGCUUUUUGCUCGUGGCCUCACGCCUGCGCUCCAAGUGAUAGAGUAA